GUGGACGAAGCCGGAAAAUGGGCUGCUCACGCGCGUCGGCGUAACCUGCUUGACUUUUUGGACCUUGGACUCCAUGGCCCCAUGGCCAGCCCAGAUCUCGCUUUUUAUUGCCUCUGCCUUGCCCUCGAGGUGAUUAGCUGCAAAGCACAACGCAGUGCCGGCCGCCUACUGCUGUCCGAUUCGAUUGCCACUGACAUUGGGGUAUACUGGAACAUGGUUCAAGCACAAUUGUCGCCCCACGUCUUUAAGGCGCGCAUGGCAGCAUGGGUGGCGGCGCAAUCGGCCCCGGCACUAGAGGCCUUGACGUUUGCGAUCCGCGUAACCGUUAAUCGCCAAACCACCCACACCCUGGCGGCUGAAGUGGAUGCGCUCUUACAGUUGGGACAGCACAUUCGCAACCAGGUGCCCGCAGCCAACCUGGUGUGCGAGGCUUUUGCCCGACGCAUCAACAUCAAAGAAGCCUUUUAUGAAUACAUUGCCAUCAUCAAACGCGACCAGCACACCUACCUCAUUCCCUUUCGCACGGACUUUUUACAGCACAUGUUUCAUUCCAGUGCCGCAAAAGCUAAAACCAGCUAUCUGGCCUACCCCUUUAUCUUCCCAGCCUCCAUCAAACGCCAACUCCUACGUUUCCAAGCGGCCUUUGAGAUGUCACGUGAAUUUCAGAGGGCCUUUUACAACCACGCUCUCAGCCUUGAGCUUGACCGCGUCUAUCGUUGCGCUGAAAGACAGCGUCCCGCGCAGACGCCGCAAGAAAAAGCGUUGUCCUCACCAUACCUGGUGUUGACCGUGCGUCGCGGCCAUGAGACGCAGGACGUCUUUAAUUGCCUGGCACGGCAUCCUCAGAUGUAUCGGCGACCGCUGAAGGUCCGCUACAUUAGCUCGGGAGAACAAGGGUUGGACCUUGGUGGCUUGCAGAAGGAACUCCUAAAACAGGUGUGGGAGGAUGUCAGCAACCCCGAACAUGGCCUUUUUAUUAUGCACGAUGAUAGUCGCUUCCUGUGGUUUCAAACGAGCCUGCCAACAGUACCGGCACGCCAUUUUGAGCUAUGUGGCAUCUUGCUGGGCCUGGCCCUUUUCAACGGCAUUAUGUUAAAUCUACAUUUUCCGGCCGUCUUCUUCUCCCUCCUCCUUGGUCAUGAAACGGGCCUCGAGGACUUUGCCUCGCUGUUCCCGGUGCAAGCCCAGAGCCUGCAGAUGCUGUUGGAUUAUGAUGGGGAUGUCAGUGAAUGGACACAAACCUUUAGCAUUAUGCGAAAAACGCUCGAUGAGAGCUAUGAGGAGGUGGACAUUGUCCCAAAUGGCCGAAAUAUCGAGGUGACUAAUGCAAAUCGCCAGCAGUUUGUCGACGCUAUGGUGCAAUACUACUUGCACGAUGCCAUUGAGCACUGUCUCGAACCCUUUCGUCGUGGCUUUUUGGGCGUGUGCGGCUGCCCGAUGCUUUAUGUGCUCACUGCGGCCGAGCUGGAGUCCCUUUUGGUGGGCGCACGAACUUGGAACAUUGCCGAUUUGCGAGCCGGUGCUACCUACGAAGAUCAAUACACAGAGAAUCACCCGACUAUCGUGGACUUCUGGGAAGUGAUCUUUGGCAUGACCCAAGAGGAACAGCGCCAGUUUGUGGAGUUUGUUACUGAGUGUUUGCCUCAUGGCAGCCGCAUGACCAACGUGAUGACUGCCACAGGCUCAGAUCGAGAGCCAGUGGGUGGCUUGGGAUCUUUGCGCCUCUGUGUCCAGCGCAACGGACCUGACUCAGAUCGACUGCCCACAUCGCUGACCUGCUUUAAUCGGCUUUUGCUCCCUGAGUAUGACAACAUUGACAAACUUCGCAGUCGACUCUUGACGGCGAUUCAACACUCCAAGGGUUUUGGGCUAGUGUAG